GACAACAACAAUAAACAAACAGGAUACUUUUCCACCGCGACGAUGUCACAGCGAGAUCCAUUUCCUUACCCAAGGUUGGAGAACGACUGCUCUUUCAGCGGCUUCAAGCAGCAGCAGAGAGGGCCUUAUGAUAAACCAACACACCUCGUCCAAAGUGAAGAGCCAUGGAGUCGCCUCCACGACAGAGCAACCUCGGCCAGCACCAGGCGGAGCGUUAUGCAUUAUGACCGAGAGGCCCCGAGGGACAGCCUCGACUUCUGUCUGAAAUCUGUGUACAACCACCACGAGGAGUUCCUGCAGACUAAGAGCCAGACGCUGUACCAAAGGGAGACUGUUUCUGCAGGCCACAGGAGAACACCGAAAAGCUGCAAUAAGCAGGAAGCCCCACAAAAUGAACUGGAGAGAGACAUCAGAAUGUGGGUCAGCCCUCAGAGGUGCUCGAUUUACAGCAUCGAGGGAGCCAUAGAGUCUCACCAUAACGCCUCUACAAACAGAGGGUACUCCAGGAAGCAUGAUGGCAGUUUCUUCUCAAAAUGAAGCUCGUAAUGCUGCCGUCUCUUCUGUGCUGCCACCAUGAGACCUCCAC